AUGGACAACGUUGAUCUGACUCUCUAUGACGGACUGAUCGAAGAAGAACUUGAAAAUGAAACGUGGAAGGUAUGUCUGACCAUCGUAGUCCCGCACCAAGCCUUUGAUGAGGAGCUGGUCAUCGGAUUUUCAAAAGCUGUUUUGUUGGGUCACAGAAAGUCCAUUGUUAGUGUCAGCCUGGAGACACUGCUAAGUGAGGCAAAACUCUACGGGACAGCGGUAGCGAAGAAAGCUAGAGGAGCUCCAAAGUUUACAGAAAUCUGCGAUGUGAUAAAGAACCGAUCCGAAACCAAUCAGCCCUUUCCAGCUGCCCUCCUGGCUCUGCUUAUAAAAUUUCACCUGAUAAGGAUUCGAAAUCAGGGCCAGCAGCAGAAAUCAAAAGAGCCGGGUAGGGUCGCGACAGUUCGACAGAAGAAGAAGAACCCUAAGAGACCGACUUCCUCUCAGUCGGAAUUGGAGCCACCAUCAGCGAAGGAACCGAGCAAGAUGCGCAAACACGGUGAUGAGCCUGAUGUAGACAAGGAAACUGAUGAUGAACGAAACAAUGGGAUAACGCAGUAUAUACUUUUAACUGGCUUCUACGACCCCAAAAUAAUCGAAGAGCUAAUUUCAGUCGGCGUCAGCGUGCACAAUAUUAUCAAAAUUAGUGUCGCCGAAGAAGCGGCACUCAAGCACCUUGUCCAAAGAAAACUCCAGGAGAAAACGUCACUUUUGCCUGUGGGCCAAGUAGCGGAGGCGGAAAAGGUGGCUGAAUGUCAGAGGACGGAAAAACAGAAAGCUCUCAACAGGUUUUGGGAGAAAUUGGAGGAGGAGCUGGAUUUUCAGUUCGCCUCCGGACGGCUUCGUGAUGUCGUGGCGCUGAAUUACAUCGUCAGACCCCAGAUGCUGCCGGAUAGUUUGAGUGAUGAACAAGCCGUGGUUGAUUGCGGCAAGGUGAUCUAUGAUGAGCUUCUCGCCAUAAUCUACGACUUGGUUGAUUUUCGUCGGCAGUGGCAAAAUUACCUCGCACACAUCAAAUUAUUCGCGAUUCCUCGAUUACCCGAAUCCCAGCGUAGACCCAGUAGAGACCCAGCGGAUACGAGCAGGCAGUCUAAUAGUGGCGCUUCCAAAGCAAAGAAUUCAAUUGUUGAUGAUGAUUUUGUCGAAAUGUCUACUUACAACUGCAUCCUCAAAGACUACGCUCUGGAGAACAUUCAACCCGAACUUAUACUGCACGCUAUUUUGGAGCAGGUUGUAGAGUCAGAAUCCAUCGAAGAAAAAGUGGUGGAGAGGCUUCUAUCAAUGCCCGAGAAGGCAGUGAAACACAUAAGUGUGACUGUUAAGUCACUGCUCUUCGAAGACCAGCAACUUCAGGUUCGUCACUGUAGGUCUUCCACGUGGAAAACGAAUUUCUAG